AUGGAAUACUCCUGUCACAUUCAAAACAAAGAAGGCAUGGUUUGUUGGACACACCCACUUUCGAGGGCGGUUGUACAACAAGAGUCACAUGACACGAUACAUAAGUAGUACGAAUGGCAAUCUGCUCCCUCACGGUCUUCUUUCAAGUCACAUUCAGUAGUGGAGUGUCAAACAACGGACGAUGUGAAAUACACGUCAAGAAGUUCAUGAAACGGUUUAGUCAUCUUGCGCGGUCAUCUUGAAAUAUUCGGAGGGUUUUUUGUUGGAGUCAAGCGGCAGUGAUGCUCUCUCCGGUGACAUGGGUGACAGCGCUGUUGGCGGGCAUCUUUUCGGUGCACGUUGCACAGAGACUUCGUUUUCCUUACUUUUGGAACGAUCUCUUCUUUUUGCUGAAAAUAAUACGAUAUGGCAUCCGCUUGGAAAUAUACAAACUGACCAAGAGAGUGGUGACUGUCAUCGACAGAUUCAUUGAACAAGCUGCAGAGAUUCCCAACAAGACCUUUCUUAUUUAUGAGGGGGCCAGUUUUACCUAUCAAGACAUCGAUAGGCGAAGCAACAAGGUGGCACAGGUGUUUGCCGAACAGGGAAACAUAAAGAAGGGAGACACCGUUGCCAUGUUAAUGAGCAACGAACCGGACUUCGUUUCUGUCUGGUUUGGACUGAGCAAACUUGGAUGUUCCGUGGCGUUCCUUAACAUAAACAUUAAGUCGAGAUCAGUGUUACAUUGUUUCAACUGUUGCGGUGCCAAAGUUCUGAUUGUUGGAGCAGAUCUGUUGGACACCCUUGAGGACAUCCUCCCCAACCUUCAGGAGGACAACAUCACAGUAUGGGCGAUGAAGAAGGAGACGUCUUACCCUGGCGUCCACACACUGGCGGACAAGCUGGAGGACGCCUCAGACAAGCCGGUGGCAGCCGAGCGCCGCGCCGUCUCCUCUCUCAAGUCGCCAAACCUCUACAUCUUCACCUCCGGAACCACUGGGCUCCCCAAGGCAGCCGUGAUCACUCACCUGCAGUCCCUGAAGGCAGCGGGGGGCUUCUGGGCGUACGGGGGCAACGCAGACGACGUCAUCUACACGCCCCUGCCCCUCUACCACAGCGCCGCCUCUCUGGUGGGCAUCGGGGGCACCAUUGAAAUGGGUGCCACGUGCGUACUGAAGAAGAAGUUCUCGGCCUCCCAGUUCUGGAGCGACUGCAGGAAGCACAACGUGACCAUCUUCCAGUACAUCGGGGAGCUCUGCCGAUACCUAUGCAACCAACCCAAGGGAGAGCAUGACAAGGAGCAUAAAGUGUACAUGGGCGUCGGUAACGGCCUGCGUCAGGAUGUGUGGCGCGAGUUCCACCGGCGCUUCGGCAAGAUCCGCAUGUGCGAGCUGUACGGCUCCACGGAGGGGAACCUCUGCUUCAUGAACCACGUCGGCAAGAUCGGCUCCGUCGGACGCUCCAACUUCUUCUACAAGAUCAUCUUCAAGUACGUCCUGGUGAAGUACGACAUGGUGAGAGAUGAACCCGUGAAGAACAAUCAGGGAUUCUGUGAAGCUGUCAACAGUGGUGAAACAGGGCUCCUCCUUUCCAAGAUAAACUCCCAGAGUCCGUUCUUUGGCUACGCGGGCAGCAAGCAGCUGACAGAGAAGAAGAUCCUGAGGAACGUGUUCGCGACGGGGGACGCCUACUUCAACACCGGGGACCUGAUGGCCGAGGACGACGAGGGAUUCAUCGCCUUCAAGGACCGAGUUGGGGACACCUUCAGGUGGAAAGGUGAAAAUGUGGCCACUACAGAGGUAACGGAGACCCUGGGCCAGGUGGACUUCAUCCAGGAGGCCAAUGUGUACGGGGUGGAGGUUCCAGGAAACGAGGGCCGGGCUGGCAUGGCGGCCAUCAUCUUAAGACCUGACUUCUCGUUCGAUGGGAAGAAGAUGUUUGACCACGCCGUGAGGGACCUGCCACCCUACGCUCGCCCGCUCUUUAUAAGAAUACAGGAAUCCAUGGAGAUGACUGGCACGUUCAAGCAACAGAAGUUUCAGCUGGUGGCGAGCGGCUUCAACCCAUCCGCCAUCGAAGAUCCCCUCUACUUCCUGGACUACGCGCAGAAAUGCUACGUGCCCUUGACCUCUGACGUCUACCAGUCCGUUGUGGAGGGCAAGUGCAAGCUAUAGCUUCGCACCGUGUCGUCGCUCUGUCCAUACAAUCCACAAAAACAAGAAUACGAACUACGGAGUGUGUAUGCAAGUGCAAGCUAUAGUAGCUUUGCACCGCAUCACUCCAUUAAAAAAAACAACAGACAAACAAGCAUGAAAACGAACGAAUGAACAAUCAGGACGGACGGACAGACGGACGGAUGCAAACAGCUGCGAUAUCAGACGAUAAGAUGGUGGCUGGCCACGGCACAGACGGAGGAGAGAAGCCUUUUGUGGGGCUGCCAGGCGCAUUUUGUCACGUUGUAUAUUUCAUGGGGAGCCAAAAGCGAGCAGCCUUUUGAGUUAAAUCCCAUUUGUGAAUAAUGAAUGGCACCGUUUCUAUUGUGUGUGUGUGUGUGUGUGCGCGAGCGCGCGUGUGUGUGUGUGUGUGCGCACGUGCGUGUGCGUGUGUGUGUGUGCACGUUUGUGUGUUUGUGUGUGUGUAGUGUGUGUAGUGUGUGUCUUUGCCUCAGCCUGGGCCGGAAUCACUCAAUAAUGAAUUAGCAACAGUAAGAGGGUUGCAGUGACUUGCUCUGACCUUCCAGCCAAACUGGCAAGAGAUGAGAGAUGUGCGUUAGGCUAAAGGUUGGACCGUGCAGUGUGUGUGUGUGUGUGCGUGUGUGUGCGUGUGUGUGCGUGUGUGUGCGUGUGUGUGCGUGUGUGUGCGUGUGUGUGUGUGUGUGUGUGUGUGUGUGUGUGUGUGUGUGUGUGUGUGUGUGUGUGUGUGUGUGUGUGUGUGUGUGUGUGUGUGUGUGUGUGUGUGUGUGUGUGUGUGUGUGUGUGCGUGCGUGUGCAUGUGUGUGUGUGUGUUCAUGUCUGUCUGUCUGUCUGUAUCUCCUCUGCCUAUUCCACACACUAUCACUGUGUCCUCCUCACAUUACAUCCCUGCCUGUUCUAGCUGCUAUGACAAUAUCUGAUUAUGUAAAAUGUAACAAUACCAUAAAAAUAUCAUCAUCAAGAACAAAAAAUAAUACACUUUGCUAAAGUAUUGAGUAGGCUAUACAGUACCCUAUACAA